AACUGUGUCAGCUCUUCGUAUAGGGAAACGUUCGGGUUGAACGAGAUCGAUUUACAUUUCGUAUUCAUGACUUUGUUAAUCUUACAAACACAUCUGGAAUCUAUCAUUGAAAAAAAAAAAAAAACUCCAAAGUAAAACCUUGACGCAAGACUGACGCUUUCAUAACAUCUUUGAGGUCACCAUGAUGGAUGCUGUCAAUAAGGAGGACACACUUCAUAAAAGCUUUUUACAAUCGCUAUAGUGUUUUGUGGAAUUAGUUUUUAUUUAAUUGAUCAUCAAUAUCAAAAGUCUUAUGAAACUAAAACAAAUUGUUCCAGGCCAACACGCUUAAAGAACUCAUGUCCUAAUUAAGCCUCAUGACUUAAUGAAGAUCAAACAAAGUUUUGUUAAUUUAAGAAAAUAUAAUUUAUAAUACCAUUCAUUUAAAGAUGGCUAAUCGAAAACGCCAUACAAAACAAAAGAAUCAAAGUCAUAGUAUUUUGUUCAAAGCAAGACAAAGUCCAGAACAAAUAAAAGAUUUGUUUCCAAGCAUUGACUGCAUUUAUCCUGGAGGUAGAACUUUGUUGACUCUAGCCAUCGAGAACGGGGAAGAUAUCUGUCUGGUUGAAGCUAUUAUUAAAUCUGGUGCUGAUGUCAAUGUACAGAACUCCAAAGGUCAAACUGCCCUGAUGUUUGCUGCCAGAGCCCAUAGAAAUGACGUUUUACAGAAGUUGUUAGAAAACGAGGCUCAAGUUGAUCUGUUCAAUGAUAAAAACUUGACAGCACUUUCCAUUUGUAUAGCAGAAAACAAUAUAGAUGGAGUUAAACAUUUGGUCCAGUCUGGGGCUGAUGUCAAUUUAAAAACAGGUAAAUUACAAGAAACUGCAUUUGCACAAGCCAAAAGACUGGGUAGUAUUCAUGUGAUGGAUCUUUUAGGGCGAAGUGAUUUUAGUCUUACUGAUAUAUCUCUACAAUCUAGUGGUUUAGAUACAGUUGAACAAAAGAGUGAUCGAAGUAAAAAAAUAACAGAGAACAAAAAUGAAGAACUAAGACUUUGUUUGACUAAAUUUUCAAAUUUGAAACACUGUAAAGACAAUGGCCAGAAAAUUAGUUUUAAAACGUUUCGCAAAUUAGCAGAUGUGUUUGAGAAAAUCGGCAAACUUAACUGUCAGGACUCUUCAGGAGCAACUUUAUUAAUGUAUGCAGCUAUGCAAGGGUCACGUGAAAGUUUGGAAUACAUUUUAAACUUAAACCCAGAUGUUAAUGCAAGAGAUUGUAAAGGAAGAACUGCAUUAAUGUAUGUCUUCAUUUCUAGAAUGAACAUUUCCAAGUUGAGUUUGUACCAAGUAAUAGGGGAUUCCCCCUGCGUUCAAGACCAGUAUGGAAAAACGGCCUUGAUGUAUGCAUUCAAUAAUAAGUAUCGCUUGCCUCCCCUUAGUGUGAAAGUUCUUCUCGGUGGAGCAUUAAUCCGAUGUGUUAAGGAGAUGAACGUAGUUUUGGUUUAUGAUGUCCCUGAGACAAAGAUACACAAUGAUAAUUGUGUCAGUGUAGACAAAGACGGCAGAACACAUUUGAUGUAUGCGAUAGAGAACAUUCCGAGCCCCGAUCUUAAGAUGUUAAAAGAACUUUGUGAUAACCAAUUAAAUGUUCAAGAGAAAUCAUUCGGGCUUUCUGCUCUAAUGUAUGCAGUUUAUUACAACACAGACUUGAUCCCAUUUCUUUUAGACUGUGGGGCUGAUAGAAAUUUACAAGAUAAGGAAGGAAAAACUGUUUUUGUCUUAGCGCUGGAGAUGAAAUGGAAUUUACCUUUAGCUCUUUUGAAAGAGUUGGCAACAAUUGAGGUGAUUCACACAAAAGAUGUGCAUGGUAGGACAGCGCUUAUGUAUGCCAUUGAACAUUUCCAUUCAAACCAAUUAAUUGAACAUAUUCUAAGUCUUGAAGCUGAUGUUGGUAUACAGGACAAAGAUGGCGUGACCGCUCUUAUGAUAGUGUUUAAAACGUCUUUAAAGUUAUGGGGUUCAAUUCUUACGACAUUAGCUUCAAAGGAUAUAAACAAACAGGAUUGUUUAGGUAAAACCGCAUUAAUUUAUGCAACUAAAUAUGAAGCUUCGGAAGAUUGUUUAAAAAUCUUGAUGGAGUGUGGAGCUGAUAUCAACAUUUACGAUUUAUCUGGGAGCACACCUUUAAUGUAUUUACUUAAUUGCACUAAGAAUAUUUGUAGAGCGAGAUCUAGUAUUUUGAAUGACACUGAUAUUCUUAUAUUCAGGAGUACAUUUUGUGACUUUUUUCGUGUGCACCAGCCUAUGAAAUGCUUUCAAUGUCUGCGUGCCGAGCUUCAGAAGUUAGUUUAUCAGAAAUUAAGUUCAAGAAAUCGUGAAAUAAUUGUUACAUGUUUACGGAAUCACCAAAGAGAUUCUUUAAACUGGUAUUACUCUAAUGACCUAAAAUUGUUAAGACUUUUAUGGCGUAUUGGAGUUUACUUAGAGCCCGAAGUCGUGAGAGGAGGUCACGUGACAGAAACAUCUCCAUUUCGUGUUUUUUUGGAAUUGGGACAUGUCGAUAUAACCAAAUAUAUUUUGCUCAAUAAUUAUAUGACCAACAAGGACUUGGAAUUUCUAAAACAGUUUAAUUGGGAUCAUUUACAUUCGUUGAACAGGUUUCCGUUUUCUUUUAUUUCAACUGACGCUAUUGACUUUGCAAAGUCUUUAAGAUCCCAACCAUUGUCCCUGGUCAAGCUGAGCUUCAUCGCAGUGUCAACGUGUAUUGGUUUAUAUGGAGACAGAGAUGAACGCGUAGCAAAACUUCCCAUUCCACAGAUAUUCAAAAACAAUCUUUUAUUCCUAUCUCCGGAGGCUGAAAUUUCUGUUUGAGAUUUUAAAAAUAUUUUUAAAUAAGACUAGCACAUUAUUUUUAUGCCAGACAGGUACGCUUUGUAUUUUGAAUGCCAGAAAUUUUGACAAUUUUUAGAACUAUUUAAGCAAUUGGAAUCAGUAAAUGUGAGCCUUGGUCUAGAAAUCCAUAUUGUAGCCUAUGUGUUUACCUCUAGGCUACUGCCAAGCGAGACCCUUAACCUCCAUCUGUAUUAAUCCCAUGGCGCUAAGAGUUUGUGUGUGUGUGUGUUUAAGUGGGUAAACAAAAUCAAAGCUUUAAAUUGUGAAGACCAAGAUAAAAGUAAGUCUUUUAAUGUUUCCUAUUAACAAAUUAGAAUCUUCUCUACACUGAGGAAACAGGAUUUUUUUUUUUUUUUUUUGCGGGUUGGUUGUAACAUUUUUCCUUUUCUUUUUUCUUAAUUAAUUAUCAUUGGUUAUUGAGAGUGAAGUAAUCGCUCUUACAAAGUCAUCAUUUAAUGUUAUUUCUUUCAGAAACUUGUUAUAGACCAAUGUUUCCCAAACUUUUUCCUUAACAGAUUACUUUGCACAUCCUGAGCAUUUAGUGGAACACUUUGAUUCUUUUUUAGAGAGAUUAAAUUACGUGGUGGCCUAUUAGUUAAUUAUAACAAUAGUUCUUGGAACACCUAUUCAGGCAUCUCGGAACACUGGGGUUUUUGGGGAAUAGUUUGGGAAACACUGUUCUAGAGCAUUCCACUUCACCUAGCAUAUGUUAGUGGUUGAAAAUAAUUUUUUUACAAUAUCUUCAUCAGAUUCAUAUUCCCUAGUCAAACUGACCUCAUUACACUGUGUCACAACCUGAAUUACUGGUGUAGAACUUACCUUGUAUAAUGCUUAAUAUUUACUGGAGACUGUGAUUGUCUGCACCGUACGAUCUUAUGUAAAAUAAGAAAUAAUGCUUGAUUAUUUAUUUUCAUGAAUAAUAAUAAAAUAUUUCUUAUUAAGAUGUUCACCUG